AUGCUAGACGGUAUAUGGAGAUGGCAGAGUUCAAUGAAUCAACUUAUGUAUAGUAUAUACUUUCUACACAUAUAUAUCGGAUUAAGCUCAUGCAAUAAUGCAUACGACAAUGAAAAAAUUGAUAGAAUUGCCCUCAGGUUGCAAGCAAAAGAAAUGUUCAUGCACGGGUAUAAUUCGUACAUGAAGUAUGCAUAUCCACAUGAUGAACUAAUGCCAUUGUCAUGUAAAGGACGACAACGAGGUGUUACACCACCACGUGGUGAUAUUGAUGACGCCUUAGGGAAUUUUUCAUUAACUCUUGUUGAUUCAUUGGAUGCGCUAGUUGUGUUGGAUGAAUUGGAUGAAUUUGAAAAGUCUGUGGAACGAGUUGUAAAGAAUGUUCGCUUCGAUUCGAACUUAGUUGUAUCAGUUUUUGAAACGAAUAUUAGAAUGGUAGGAGGAUUAAUAUCAGGUCACGUAAUGGUUAAACUGGUACAAUCCAGAGACGAGAAUCGUUUGAGAUGGUAUAAAGACGAAUUGUUACAGAUGGCUGCUGAAUUAGCUGAUAGACUUCUUCCUGCUUUCAAUACCAGUAGUGGAAUUCCUUAUUCUAGAAUAAAUCUUAAGUAUGGAAUGUUAGAUUUUCUCCGACAACAACAUGACACUUGUACAGCUUGUGGAGGAACCAUGAUUCUCGAAUUUGCUGCGCUGAGUCGACUUACAGGUAAACCAAUUUAUGAGGAGAAGGCUCGAAUAGCGAUGGAUUUUCUUUGGGCUCAAAGACAUCGAGGAAGUGAUUUGAUGGGCACUGUCUUAAAUGUACAUUCUGGAGAUUGGAUAAGAAGAGAUGCGGGUAUUGGUGCAGGAAUCGAUUCUUAUUACGAGUAUUGUUUGAAGGCAUAUAUUUUAUUAGGAGACGAGGGGUACUUAUAUCGCUUCAAUAAGCAUUAUGAUGCUAUAAUGAGGUAUGUUAACAAAGGUCCAUUGUUUAUCGAUGUUCACAUGCACAAACCAACAAUUGCGGCUAGAACUUACAUGGAUUCUUUGUUGGCAUUUUGGCCUGGUAUACAGGUUUUGAAGGGUGAUCUGAAAGCAGCUAUCGAAUUUCAUGAAACGCUUUAUCAAGUGAUCAAAAGACACAAAUUCUUACCGGAAGCAUUUACGCACGAUUUGCAAGUUCAUUGGGCCCAGCAUCCUAUUCGACCGGAAUUUAUUGAAAGCACCUAUCUGCUGUACAGAGCAACCAAAGAUGAGCAUUACUUACAUGUCGCGAAAAAUAUUUUGGAUAGUAUGAAUAAAUUUUUGCGAGUUGAAUGUGGAUUUGCUGCUGUCGGAGAUAUUCGUUCGAUGAAUCAUGAAGACCGAAUGGAUUCUUUCGUGCUUUCGGAAACAUUGAAAUAUCUAUAUAUGAUUUUCACGGAUCCAUCUGACUUGAAAAUUGACUUGGAUAACUAUGUUCUUACUACCGAAGCUCAUUUUAUUCCACUUUCAAUCGCUGACACUGAUAAUAGCGAAAAACUUCCUCGUCGCUUGAUUAUUGAUCCGGAUGAAAUAAUUGAUGAUGAAAAUGCAAUAAUGAAUAGAAAAUUUCGAUCAGCAUGCCCUGCAACAGUGAUCAGUGAAAAGUAUGAUAAUUUACCAGCCUAUGCAGAAGAAUUGCGUAGCACUGUACAAAAUGUUGUCAGCGAACUAACGAAGAAUUCGGAAAGCAUCAGUAGUUGUCCAACAAUGCCAAAACGGCUAAGUGCAUGGUCGUUUAGUGCAACAAAUGUCGAACAUAUAAAACAGUUGAAAAAGAUGGGAAUCCAAAUGCAGUUUCAAGUUGAUGGACAUGUUCAUCUAACUCAUUCACCGGAUUCGGCUAUUUCACCGGAAUGGGCCGUUCUUGGUAGUGAGUUUAUUCAAGAAAUGAUCAUGAUAGCUGGUUCAGAUAGACAUGGAUUUGGUUUUAAUGAUAAUCGAAUUGUCCAAGUGGUGUCACAGCCUAUAUUUGGGAAGUUGCAUUGGCGAGCUGCAUCUGCACAAUUCGGCCAAAAUUUGAAUUAUAAAGCAGUAAUUGCCGAAGUUCAAAUUGCUGUUCCUUUUCGUGCUUGUAGUCCGCUAACAAAUGCGCCAAGGAUGAAAGGUCGUAUUGCAGUAGUUCAGCGUCAAGAUUGCAUGUUUCAAGAAAAAGCACGUUAUGUCCAAAGAAGUGGUGCUGUUGGUAUCAUUAUUAUUGAUAAUACCAUUGGUACAAGUAUCGAUGUGCUACCACCAUUUGCAAUGUCUGGUGAUCAAACAAUCAAAGAUGAUAUUGUUAUUCCGGCUGUCUUCCUGUAUAAUAAAGAGGGUCUUGCUUUUAUGGAACAUAUAGUUCAUUAUCCAAAUGCUCUGGUGCGCCUUUCUGAUCGGCUUUCAAAUCCGUACUCCUUAUUUGAAAAUUUUGCCUGCUAUGGUAAAUAUAAAUAUCUCUCGAGCAAAUUGGAUCUUUUAGAGGACAUUGAUUUUUCGGAGGAUGUCAUUGUGAUUGAUAGUUCUUUGCCAGCUGUGCUUCUCAAUUUCCGAUUUGCUUCAGUUAGCGCAAGAAAUAACACCGAAGAUAAGCAAAAAGUGAUAGAAGAGAAUAUCGAAGAAAUGCAAAAAUUGUAUAAUUUGGCAACAGAAUCCGAUACUGUGAUGUUUUAUAAUGUGAUACGACAAAUAGGUUACUGGCAGCUUGGCCUAAAUAUGCAACCAACAGAAGCUGAAUUAAAAAAGUUUUUUUUGCUGGUACCAACAGUAAUCAAGAUGCAGGAAAUUAGUCAGAAGCCUGGAAGAUUAUUAGGACCAAUAAUAACUGUCAGUUGUCGAUUAUGGGAUGGAUUAUUUGAUUGUCAACGAAUUAGGUGA